GACACAAUCUGACUAAACGAGGCUCAGCUGUGCGUCUUCUAUGUAGACUUCCCCUUUGACAGUACAACUAAAGUAAUGUUGCUAAAUUGCAAAGUGCUGUAGUACUGUAGGUACACACAAUAUUAUCAGAAUACUGUGAAUAAUUGACAAAAAGGUACUCGGUUUUUUUUUUUGGUUUUUUUUGUAAAUCAACUUAAUUGAGGAACUAAAAUCUGCCGAUGGUAAACACUAGAGGUCACUGUAGCGCGUGUCCCAUAGACCCGCGUGUUUGUGGAUCAAGAAGAAGAAGAAGAAACAACUUCCGUGAAAACAACACGUGGAAAAGCCUAGAAGUGUUUACUCCAAACUGUCUUAAUCCAGUCCGAGUUGAUUAUUUAUUAAUGGUUGUUGCAUAAUAAUGUUUUAUUCUAGUAUGUAGAAAUAAGUGUUACGUGAGUCAAUAGUUGCGGGAAGGGAAACCUGCUGCUUCUGCUACUUCCGAGGAGCGGAGUACUGUUGAACCAGUGCAGUCUAACCAUGACAAGGUGGGCCCGAGCGAACAACAUCCACCGAAACAAACCAUCUGAGGCCACUCCAUGGAGCCAGCUCAGAACAAGAGGGCGAGGGGAGACUGCAGCAGCACAUGCCAGUGGCAGCUCCACCAACUCCUCAAAAUCUCAAAAAGGACUUCAGAAAGAACACCUGCGGAGGACUCAGCCCCAGGGCACUGCUUUAAAGAAACCGAAUCGUAAAAAGGACUAUGUCAGUGAGGAUGUAAAUGGCUUCAUGGAGUAUCUCCAGCAGAGUGGCCAGCUGCAGCCCAAAACUGAUGAAAAAAUUCAGUCACGAGACCUGGAUUUCGCAGAGGAGGUGGAAACUGCUUUGAAAAAAGAUCAGAGAAGGGAAGACCGACGGAUUAAACGACAAAAGGACAAGAAAAAUAAAAUGCUUUGUUUUAACUGUAGAAAACCAGGCCAUGGCUUAGCAGAUUGUCCAGAGGCUGACAGAGAUGAGGAGAUGGGCAGAGGCAUUUGUUACCGUUGUGGCUCAACUGAACAUGAAAUUCACAAGUGUAGAGCUAAAGUAGACCCUGCUUUAGGAGACUAUCCAUUUGCAAAAUGCUUCAUCUGUGGAAAAACUGGACACUUGUCACGCUCCUGCCCAGAUAACCCAAAAGGGCUGUAUGCACAAGGAGGAUGCUGCCGUGUUUGUGGUUCUGUGGAGCAUUUUCAGAAAGACUGUCCAGAGCACCAGGCAUCAACAAACACCAUGACACUAAACUGGUUAUCCAACAAUAUGAGUGCGGACCAUGAAGAUGUGCACAUGCCAGUGAAGAAAGCCAAGCCCAAACAGUCUAAAGUUGUGGUGUUCUGAUUUGCAAAGACUGUGCUGAUAUAUGGAGCCACAAUAACCUAAACAUUUCACAGUUUUCACUCUUUACACUGUGGAUUGUGCCUUUACAGAUGGUUUAGUCAAGACUCUGGAGGCCAAAUAUUGUUCAUUGUCCUUUGUCAUAAAAAAAGAAAAAAGAAAAGUGAGAUUAAUUUGUUUAAACACAUCAGUUCAAAACACAAAUAUAUGUAAUUUCAAUGUGGACAAACUUCCUGAAAAGCUUUCAUCAUUUCACAAUCAAAUUAUUUUAGCACGGUCCCUAAUCUAUAAACAUAGUUUUUCACCACAUAAGUACAUAAUAUGGAACAAUAGGGACAUUUUAUACAAACAUACAUUAUUUUUUCCCAACUGGAUAGAGAAACAGAUUGUUUUUGUGAAACAGCUUUUUUAACAUUGAGGGGCAACUUGGAAUUCCUAAUAAAAUUUGUAUGAAUUUCCCGUUAUGCCAAAACAAUAUGCUAUACUUUUUGAUGACAAGCCAACUGGCAUCAUAAUGCUGCAGACUUACCCCCUGCAUCUCUACUCAGUCCUGUAAAUCACUGAAAUUGGGAAAAUCUGCUUUUCUACUCUCAAAAACUAACAAGAAUAUUUGCAAACUAUUCCGGAGAGAAGUUACUACUGUCCCACAUGGAGUAUCAUUUUGGAAUUGUUUUGUGAGAGAUAUUAAUUGGAAAUUAGUUUGGACAAUCCCCAAUGAAUAUCUAAUAACAAACAAGGUAAAAGAGAUUCUCUUUAAAAUUAUCCACAAAUAUUAUCCUGCUAAUCAUUAUAUGAUUACAUUUAAGGGGGGCAUUGAUGUGAAGUGAUCAUUUUGUGAAAAUCAUCCUGAGACUGUUAAGCAUCUUUUUUGGAUGUGCUUGUACUCAACAUCAUUCUGGAAAGACUUAAGCAGAUGUAUCACUGGACAUCUCAAUAAGGACUUUAUUUUGAAACGGGAGAAUGUGGUAUUUUAUUUCUUCUGCAAGCAAACAAAAAAUGAACUGUUUCAUUAUAAAUCUGUUGAUUAUGUGGGCAGAAUUCUACCUGCACAAAUGUAGAGGAAUCAAAUAAACUAAUUGUGCAUAUUUCUGUGGUGACACUUUCCUUAAGUGACUUCACUAACAAAAAGGCCAUGAAAACAGUUCUGUAUUUAGGAAUUACAACAUAUUUGAAUGUGUGUACAACCCCUGGUAUAAGGCGUUAUAAGUUGUAACGUUUGUAUACAAUUUAUUUAACUUAGUAUACUUACUGAAUACAUUCAUUAAAAAAAAGGGAAGAAGUU